CGCUACGACCCGCCCCUCCGCACGCACGCCGAGAAGAAGGGGGUGGGGUCACGUUAGCGUCCGCGCCAUCUCAGCCCGGAGGUGGAGGCUAGGUCCAUUUUCAGUGUAUGGUUUAUCCUGCCAAGCGGUUGUGCUUGGUGCCAGCAAUGGAGGGCGUGCGCUGGGCCUUUUCUUGCGGCACAUGGCUGCCGAGCCGAGCCGAGUGGCUGCUGGCAGUACGAUCGAUCCAGCCCGAGGAGAAGGAGCGCAUUGGCCAGUUCGUGUUUGCCCGAGACGCUAAGGCAGCCAUGGCCGGUCGUCUGAUGAUAAGAAAAUUGGUUGCAGAGAAAUUGAAUAUCCCUUGGAAUAAUAUUCGUCUGCAGAGAACAGCAAAAGGAAAACCAGUUCUUGCAAAGGACUCAUUGAAUCCUUAUCCCAAUUUCAAUUUUAACAUCUCUCAUCAAGGGGACUAUGCAGUACUUGCUUCUGAACCUGAGCUGCAAGUUGGAAUUGAUAUAAUGAAGACUAGCUUUCCAGGUCGUGGCUCAAUUCCAGAAUUCUUUCAUAUUAUGAAAAGAAAGUUUACCAACAAAGAGUGGGAAACAAUCAGAAGUUUUAAGGAUGAAUGGACUCAGCUGGAUAUGUUUUAUAGGAAUUGGGCAUUGAAAGAAAGCUUCAUAAAAGCUAUUGGUGUUGGACUUGGAUUUGAAUUACAACGACUUGAAUUUGAUAUAUCCCCAUUAAACCUGGAUAUAGGCCAAGUUUAUAAAGAAACUCGUUUAUUCCUAGAUGGGAAGGAAGAAAAAGAAUGGGCAUUUGAGGAGAGCAAAAUAGAUGAACACCAUUUUGUUGCAGUGGCUCUUAGGAAACCCGAUGGAUCUAAACAUCAUGAUGUUCCAUCUCAAGAUGAUGCUAAACCUACCCAAAGGCAGUUUAAGAUUCUGACCUUCAAUGAUUUAAUAGCAUCUGCUGUUCCUAUGACACCUGAAGAUCCUUCAUUUUGGGACUGUUUUUGCUUCACAGAAGAAAUUCCAAUACGAAAUGGUACAAAGUCAUGAUAUGAUUCCCUAAGUAACAAAGAAAAGUGAAAACUCUAAUCUUCUGUAUUCACUGAAUAAUAAAUAAUCUCAAAUUUUGUUUCAUAAAACAAUUAAAAAAAACUUUUCCUAUUAAAAAAAAAACUUCUAGUUCAGAAUCACUCAUUAGAACACAUGUUUACCUCUUCUUUCUCCCCAGAAUCCCAUUGACUUGACAGAAGAUACAGAAAAGUG